CCUGCAAUAAUGCCGCCAUCUUCUCCAUACUAUGGCCUCAUCAUUGUGGAUUCCCACCAGCCAGUCCCUCUGCAGGGGAUCUGGGUUGACGUCCAGGUGAAAGGCUUUGUGGCGGACGUAUCGGCGACUCUCAAGUAUAAGAAUGAGGAGGAGAAUGCGGUGGAAGCCAUCUUUGUCUUCCCCAUGGAUGAAGACUCCGCCGUCUACAGCUUUGAGGCCACAAUAGAGGGGAAGAAGAUUAUAGCCGACCUCCAGGAGAAGGAGCAGGCUCACAAGACCUACGAUGAGGCCAUCAGCCGGGGUAGGCAAGCCUUCCUCCUGGAGAAAGAUAAGACCUCAGGGGACAUCUUUAGCUGCAGUGUCGGGAAUCUCCCUCCUGGCCAGGAAGCCGAGGUCACCCUGCAAUACGUACUGGAGCUGCCUGUGGAGGCAGAUGGAGCUGUGCGCUUUGUACUCCCGGCCGUCCUCAACCCGAGAUACACCCCAAAAGAUCAUGAUGUGAGCAUAACAGCCGCAAAUCCAGAAGUGGCGGUUGGUGAGAUUCCGUACACGCUGAGUCUGAGAGCUCACUUCCAGUCUGCGUAUGGCAUCGCUAAGAUCGAGUCCAACUGUGACAUCACCAGUCUGAAGUACAUGGAUAGAGACAAGACCAGUGCCAAGGUGUCAUUAGCGAAGGGGCACAAGUUUGAUCGGGAUGUGGAAUUUUUGGCUUAUUACAUGGAUGUAAACAAACCCAGCGUCAUUGUGGAGGCGGGGCUUGGAUCUACAGAUGCUGCUCAAGAAUCAGGACUGACUUCAUCAGGGUCCAUCAUGGCGGAGUCAGUGGCCAUGUUGAAUUUUUUCCCGAGUUUCCCAGCUGGACAGGAGCAGUCCGAUUGCGGCGAGUUUAUUUUCCUUGUAGACCGAUCUGGAAGUAUGGAGUGUCCAAUGAAUUCUGAGCCAAAUGCCCCACAGAGGAUUCAGGUUGCCAAGGAGACACUGCUUCUUAUAUUAAAGAGUUUACCUCUCGGGUGUUACUUUAAUAUCUAUGGCUUUGGCUCCCGUUUUCAGUCUUUCUUCCCGGAGAGUGUGGAGUACACACAGCAGUCCAUGGAGGAGGCGGUGAAGAAAGUGAAUGAAAUGGACGCCAGCUUUGGAGGAACAGAAAUUCUCCAACCUCUACAGAAGAUCUACCAAACACUCGGGAGAGCCGAGCACCCCCGACAGCUUUUUGUCUUCACGGACGGAGAAGUCGGAAACACGAAACAAGUGAUUGAUGAAGUUCAGAAAAAUGCUCAAAAACACCGGUAA